CCAGCCACGGCCAGCGAGAGCCACCCUUCUCGUCUUCCUCGGCUCGGGCCAUCGCCGCGCCGCGAAACCCUAGCGCUGCCUCCAUGGACUCCUCCUCCUCCAAGGGCAAGCGCAAGCGUGGCCGCAAGAGCAACAAGGCGGCAGCGGCGGACCAACGCCCGCCAUCCCCCGAUGCUGCACCCGCCCCCGCUCCGGCCGCGGCCGGCCGCCGCGGGCGCAAGCCGCGACGCGUCGUGGCCCCAGCGGACUCCGACUCCUCCCGCCCGUCGUCCCCGCCCCGGGGCGAGGAGACGAAGCCGGUGGCGAACGGAGGGGACGCGGUGGUGGGCGAGCUGGGCCCCGGCGCCUGGGAGGAGGAGGCCGUGAGGGUGGUCCCGUCCAUGGACGCGGUCGUGAAGGUGUUCUGCGUCCACACGGAGCCCAACUUCUCGCUGCCGUGGCAGCGGAAGCGGCAGUACAGCUCCAGCAGCAGCGGGUUCAUCAUCGGCGGCCGACGGGUCCUCACCAACGCUCACUCCGUGGAGCACUUCACGCAGGUCAAGCUUAAGAAGCGCGGGUCCGACACCAAGUACCUGGCCACCGUCCUUGCCAUAGGCACGGAGUGUGAUAUUGCGUUGUUAACUGUCAGUGAUGAUGAAUUCUGGGAAGGAGUUUCACCAAUUGAGUUUGGAUCGUUACCAGCACUUCAGGAUGCGGUUACUGUUGUUGGUUACCCAAUUGGAGGAGAUACAAUAUCUGUGACAAGUGGCGUGGUCUCUAGGAUAGAAAUACUGUCAUAUGUUCAUGGUUCUACCGAACUUUUAGGAUUGCAGAUAGAUGCAGCUAUUAAUUCAGGAAAUUCAGGUGGCCCAGCUUUUAAUGAUAGGGGCAUAUGUGUUGGUAUAGCUUUUCAGUCUCUUAAACAUGAAGAUGUAGAGAAUAUAGGUUAUGUGAUACCCACCCCAGUUAUCCAGCACUUCAUUCAAGACUAUGAAAAAUCUGGAGAAUAUACAGGUUUCCCUAUAAUCGGGAUAGAGUGGCAGAAAAUGGAAAAUCCUGAUCUCCGGAAAGCAAUGGGAAUGAAACCGGAUCAAAAGGGUGUUCGUGUCAGGAGGGUCGAACCUACUGCUCCUGAGUCUGGAUAUUUACGACCGUCAGAUAUAAUUCUUAGCUUUGAUGGCAUCGAUAUUGCCAAUGAUGGUACAGUUCCUUUCAGGCAUGGCGAACGCAUUGGCUUUAGUUAUCUUGUCUCUCAGAAAUAUACUGGUGAGAAGGCCGUUGUUAAAGUCCUGCGUGACUCAAAAGUUCAUGAAUUUAGAAUGAAGCUAGCAACCCACAAGAGACUCAUUGCAGCUCAUGUCAAGGGCAGGCCACCAUCAUAUUACAUCGUUGCUGGCUUUGUUUUCGCAGCUGUAUCUGUUCCAUAUCUUCGUUCUGAGUAUGGGAAAGACUAUGAAUACGAUGCACCUGUCAAGUUGUUGGUCAAGCAUUUACAUGCAAUGGCAGAAUCACCUGAUGAACAACUGGUGGUGGUAUCACAGGUGCUUGUGGCAGAUAUCAAUAUUGGCUAUGAAGAAAUUGUCAACACUCAGGUUCUUGCUGUUAAUGGUCAGCCUGUAAAAAAUUUGAAGAACCUGGUUACAAUGGUAGAAAACUGCAAGGAUGAAUUCUUGAAGUUUGAUUUGGAGUAUGACCAGAUUGUUGUCCUCAAGACAAAAACUGCGAAGGCUGCUACUAAAGACAUUCUGACAACACACUGUAUACCAUCGGCGAUGUCUGAUGACCUGAAGACCUAAUUGGAGCAAGAUGCUGCCUUCCGGGUGGCCCUGGCUGGGCCAAAUUUUUGGUUCAAUUGGUUAGCAACCAAAGUACUCAAUACCAGCCCGUCAGAAGCCCAUUCUCUGAAUCCAGAACCCCUCAGGGUUCCUGGGUGUCAAAGAGCAGGUUGGUGCCUACCUUCACCAAAGCGCCGUCACAUCAGCAGAAGCUGGAGUGGUCGCAAACAGUGAGUCGUCAUGAAAGCGAUAGUGAUUAAUAAACAUGAUUUUGUAUUUAAAAUCAAAGUUAGCGAUGGUGUUUCUAGAAAAGGAAAUUAGUGACGGGAAGAGAAACCAUACUUCAUAUUUUGCCCCACAAAGUCCAAUGGUUGGUAUUGGGUGAGCAAAGUGGUUGCUGGUAAAAUUGAUAGUAUUUCAUCUUCAUUUCCAGUACUAUAUUUUUCUUUUUUUUGGCUUAAAAAUUGCCUCGGUA